CAUUCUAAGUGUGUUGCUGUCCGUUUGUUGUUCGUGUAUGGGUACGCUCGUAUGUACUUCGUAACUUCAGUGUUGUUGAUACCUGCGCAUUUAAAAUUUUGUAAACUUCUAUUGCGAUUGUUUAAAAGUUGUGUUCGAUAAAGGAGAUAAAAAUAAUAUAACAUUCUAUACCGUAAACUUAUUUUUCUAUACAGAAGCGUCGAAUCCGUUAUUUCGACAUUAUUUGUAAAAGUAUUAAGUGAUGAGGUGUUGCACUACAGGUUCCGUCAAAAAGUUUUGAAAGUUGGAUAACUUUGAAAAAUUCUCUUUAGUGGUAUUGUGUUAUGAAAUGUUUGAAUUGUGGCGUAUUUUUUCGUUUGAAGAAGAUGAUAACAAUUUUAAAGAUAGCAUGGUGUAGAUGUUCACUACAUUAACGUCUGUUACGUAAAAGGAACACAUUGAGUAUUUUUACGGAAGGUGUUUCGCUUGAUGUUGACACAGGAUGGAUGCGGCGGACAAGCGGAUGUUGGAUCGCGAGGCGCUCCGCAACAUGAUCCAGCAAUGGAACGCCAACCGACUCGACCUGUUUGAACUCAGCGAACCGAAUGAGAACUUGGAGUUCCACGGCGUGAUGCGUUUCUAUUUCCAAGAUUCGGGUCAGAAGAUAGCGACGAAGUGCAUCAGGGUCGCCUCCGACGCUACAGUUAGUGAUGUUAUAGAGACCCUGAUAGAGAAGUUCCGUCCGGACAUGCGCAUGUUGUCCCUCGGCUCUUACUCGCUGUGGGAGACUCACGGGCCCGAGGACGAGCGGCGCCUGGAGCCCCACGAGAAACCGCUGCUGGUCCAACUCAACUGGCACGCUGAUGACAGGGAGGGACGCUUCCUGCUCAAGUGUCUCACCAAUAGUGAUCUUCCACUAUCAUCAGUCAACGAGAAGAGCGAUCAGAACUUCAAACGGAAAUUGUCAAAGCGAGAGAAGAAAGAAUUGAAGAAAAAAGAAAAGCUAUCAAGACUUAAGUCGGACACCAAUGAUGAAAAUAGACCCGUGGCUGAGAAAUUAUACACAGAGCUUCCUGAGACGUCGUUCACCCGCAGCAUCAGUAACCCUGAAGCCGUCAUGAGACGUCGAAGACAACAGAAACUAGAGAGGAAGCUGCAGCAGUUCCGCUCCAAAGACGGUGGACCUGACACAGGUGGCACUUUGAAGAUCUACGGGUCGUCCCUGUGUCCGGACGUGCCAUACAAGACGUUAUUGUUAUCUGUGGGCGACACGGCGGCCGGAGUCGUCCGUGAGAUGCUCGACAAAUACGGUCUGUCGCGACACGACCCGCAACAAUUCUGCAUCGUCCAGGUGGAUGCAGCAGACAAUUCCGAAUACAUCCUAGAAGAUGACGAAUGUCCUCUCGCCAUCGUGAUGACACAUCAACACCGCAGCUCCAUCAUGUUCCACGUGCGGCGGCGUCCGUCUGACGCUCAGCCCCGUCGUCGUAAGAAGAAAACCAGCGUGAGUACCGGCGGCGGAACGAGCGCGCGUGCUCUGGAGCCCUUCCUUGUGGAGGUCGCGCCUGACGGCUCCUCGCUGGAGAACGGGCGACGGAUAAGGAUCAACGACGUCAUUGAGAUCGGAUCGGGGAACGGCAACUCGCUGCAGCUGUACGGGCCUUCGAUCCAGGCGAGGCACUGCGUGGUGUCCCCGGCCGAGGGCGGUGGGUACACUGUCACUCCGUUACACACGGACGCGCACGUCUACAUCAACGGGCGGAGGGCUGUUCACACCCAGCGGUUGCACCACAGCUGUCUGCUUAAAUUCGGUCGUGUAUCAACAUUUCGCUUCGUCGAUCCGGCUCAAGAGAAUCUUCUGAAUAGAAAUCUUUCACAAUCCCAGCACUUCGGUUCCGGCUCCAUAUACGAUAGAUCUCCGUCCGGCGACACCAGCGCCGCCAUGUCCCCGUCGGAGGCCGACGCCAACGCUAACCUGGACGGCCUCUCCAACGACACCUACCCAUACAACAACAACACACUCAAGAAUGACAACGACUCCCUCCUCAUGACACAUCUCGACAACAAGGACGAAUACGGGAACGAGCAGACCGGUUCCCUCUACAACCAAGACACCAACCGCGGCAGCAACACACACUAUAAAGACAAUUAUGAAACUACCUUCGAUCUCGAUGGGAAUGUAGAAACUAAGAGCAUAUGUAGCGCUAAGAGCGGUGGUUCGGGACACGAUACCAGGAGCGUGUGUGGACGUGGUCAGGAACCCAUUCUCCCCGCUGUUCUGGAGUUCCCCGAGGCUGGUCAGGCUCAGUUCCUCGCAGCCGUCAUCACAAGACUCGACCCUCACGCCCCUGCAUUCAAACUAGCGCCCGUUUACACAUUAUAUCUGUGUGCGAGAUAUCGCGCCUCCACCCACUACCGACCCGAGCUAACGCCGACGGAGCGAGCCCACAAAUUGACCGCCUUCCUACACCACGUUGCCACGCUCAUACAUGCGACAGUACAGGAGAGAUGCGCCGACUCCGCCGCUCAAGCCUUUUGGAUGGCGAACGCAAGUGAAUUAUUGCAUUUCCUGAAAUGCGAUCGUCAUAUAUCAUCAUUUUCGACACAAGCGCAGGAACUGCUCCCGAAUACUGUACAGAAUGCUUUCAGUAACUUGGUGACCUGUUUCCAAGAAGAGUUGUCGCGUGCGUUGGUGGAGCUGUGUAGCGGGGCUGGCGGGCCGGGGGUGCCUGGAGUUCCGGGGGGGUCCGGAGACCCCACGGAGGCUACAGCCCCAACCUUGCAGGCGCUGGCCGCCGCCAUGGUACUGCUGCGUCGGUGUCGAGUCAACGCAGCACUCACCAUACAACUGUUCUCUCAUCUCUUCCAUUACAUCAACGCUGUCUGUUUUAAUAAGUUGGUGACCGAAGCCGGUACAGUGAGUGCUCGUUGGGGCAGCGCUCUAUCAGCGCGACUCGCGUUAGUAGCGGCCUGGGCUGAGAGACAGGGACUCGAACUGGCCGCUGACUGCCAUUUGGCUCGGACACACCAGGCUGCUCGUCUUAUAUCCGGCACGUACCGUAACGCGGAGGAGGUGUGCGGCGCUCUGGGCGCGUGCUUCAAGUUGAACUCGGUGCAGGUGCGCGCCCUGCUAUCCCCCCUCCUCCCCCCGGACCUGGUGGAGGCGGCCGUCCAUCACGCCCGCGCCCGCGCCGACGAACUGUAUCGAGCUGAUGGACGAGAGAUCACAUUAGAGGAGAGCGUGUGGCUCGGCGCCGCUCUCUUAAUACCCGGCGACGGGUUCAGCGCGGAGGUGGUGCGGGGCGUGCCCCCCGGCCUGGCGGAGUUCGUGGCUCCCCUGCAGCGCGGCGGCCUGUGUCGGCUCGCCCACCAGCCGCACGCGCUCGGCCUCUGGACCGUCUACAUGCACGGGUACGGAGCGCCCGCGCCUCCGCCCCACCACGACACACACCCCCGAGUGCAGAUCGUACAGCUACAUAAGAACUCGAACUCGAUGGGCCUGAGCAUCGUGGCCGCUAAGGGGGCUGGUCAGAGCAAGCUCGGUAUAUACAUAAAGUCGGUGGUGCCGGGGGGAGCGGCGGCGGCGGACGGGCGGCUGGCGGCCGGCGACCAACUACUGUCAGUCGAUGGACACUCGCUUGUCGGCAUCACACAGGAAAUGGCAGCGGAAUACUUAGUAGGGACGGGUCCCACUGUGACGCUCGAGGUCGCUAAACAAGGAGCAGUACUUCACGGUCUCGCAACUCUCCUACAUCAACCGACCUAUAGCCAACGGCAAGCUUCAGGGUCUACGCGGCGUGCGUCGGAGCGUGACCUGCCGGCGCGACUCGCCGCGGAGCCUGUGAAGCCUAGCAAGAGUACGCCCGCCCUACACCACGCGCCGCCGCCCGCCGCUACCGCCGCCCCCGCCUCGCCCGCACAGCCUCAAGGAAUAUCUCUUAGUACUGGCGGCGGUGGCGGCGCGGGCUCGUGGGCUCACAAGUCCCGCAGUAGUCACAACCUGACCGCGCAGAACGAUUCCUUCUACCAGAACCUCAGUUCCGUCCAUGGACAUCAUCCGCUACAAGACAGAUGGUCUUCGCUUCGUAGUUCUUCGGGAAGUGGACGUCCUCAAUCUGCUCUUUUCACAGCUACUAAUUCUGAACAAUCACCAGAGGGUGCAAAUGUAAUGCCGCCACAUCAACAUCAGGUCAACCAAUCUAACGCAGCGAAUGCUCGAGCCGCUAAGGUUGCAGAAUUUAUGGAUGAAGUGACCCGACGCACUCAACAACAACAUCAACAACCACUACAACAACAACAAUAUCAGCAACAAUUGCAUCAUUUACAGCAGCAGCAUCAGCAAUUACAUCAGCAACAGCAACAUCAGCAUCAGCAAUUACAACAUCAGCAACAGCAAUUACAACACCAGCAACAGCAAAUCCAACAGAAAAACAAUGUCCUCUCACAAAUGCCUCAGAAUAACCAAGGGUCGCCUCAUCUUCACGCGAGCCAACAACAAGCCCAACUGAAUAUGCACGUCCAUGCGAUACAGCAGAAUCAAAACGCUAUACCAAAUCAUGGACCGAUGCACGUGCACACAAAUACACAGCAAAUGCAAGGACAAAUGGUUGGAAACAUGCAAAGCAGUCCAGCUCCGUUACAGGGUCACCCGGGGCCGUACACACAACACUCACCUCAACUGCCACAAGGAAUGCAUCUUAACAUGCAUCAGUCACACCCCUACGGCCAGCAGACUCACCUACAAGGGUAUCACAACCAACAUGGACAGUCGCAAAGAUACGAUUGGCACCCGCCGGGUCCCCCCUCUCCGCAGCGUUCACAACCGCCUGUAGCUCCCAAACCAGUGACUCAGGCAGCUCAGGCAUCGAGAAGGACGGACACGGAAGGAGACGAUCACUACCAACAACAACAACAACAACAACAAACGUUGAUGUCGAACUUACAACCGGACGAUGAGCGGUAUGUAGCCAGCGCGUCUGAGCCGCCGGCGGUGUCAGUGUAUCCGGUGGGCGGCGCGGGCGGUGUGUCGGGCGGCCGCUCACAACCCGCACACAACCCCUGGCAGAGGGAAGAGCGGGAGAGACAGGCCGAGGCACGACGCGCCGCCGCACGAGCCAGGAGAGACGCGGCUAUAGCUCAACUAGUUUCGUUGGGUGCCUCCCGCACUCCCGUGCAGAACCAACAGCUACGAGCGCUGCAGCUGGAGAGAGACUUCGAGAGGCGAGCCACCCAACAUGAUGACGUCACCGGAGGCGAAGGAGGCGGUGAAGAAGAGAGUCCGUCUCCUGAACCUGAACCAACGAAGGAGGCCGAGCGAGAGCCGCGCCAGCCCGCGCCUCCUAAGUCGAUCCUCAAGAGCAACCCUCGCAGUGACCUCACCAACGGAUACACUUCACACACGACCGUACCCGAGGAGUCCCGUGUGUCGGAGGUGUCGAGCAGUAUGUCUUGCCUGUCGGUGUCGGGGAGUGUGGGCGCGGGCCAGGCGCCGCCGCCGCCGGAGCGCGGGUCGUCGUUCGCGGUGAUGGCCGGCCGCCGGACGGACGUGUCCUACUCCUCACACACCGCACUCACCACGCUCUCGAGUCAUCAGCACGAACCCACCGCAGCUCCACCUCCACAAUCACCAGUCGGCAGUACUCGUGAUAAGCGCGUGUCGUUCCACGAGCGAGCCACGCCGGCCGCGCCCCCCGCUCCCCCGGCCUCCUCCCCGCCGCCCCUGGAGCCGCCCACACCAGCACCGACCGCGCCCGCGACCACCCAUGAAGAUCCCGACCGCUUCAUCGAGGAGGCUGAGAGUAUGUUGUCUGGUCCGGUGUCCCCCGGCACAGCCCAGACCGCGGCUCACACGCCGGGAGUCAUCGGAGCACAGGAAGUAUACCGGGACCCUCGCACGCGUCGCUUGGCGGCGGAGGCGAUGGCUCGCGCCGCGGCCGCGCCGGUGCCCGAGCAGCUGUCCUUCAAGGAGAAGAUGAAGAUGUUCGCCCUCGAGUCCGGAGACCCCUCCACACCCAAGGAUAAGGUAAAGAUAUCGCGGGCCCAGCGGGAUAUAGAUGCAGUUCAUUAGUCGGCCUGUCCCGUGCCUCGGAAACGUUUAUAAAACCGACUCGGUAUAAAUAGAAGCGAGACUGUAAUAGACACGAAAAACUAUCGAUCAUUGAUCUGCAGCGAAAUAAAUCUAAAGUAUUAGUAAUUCGUAAACGUAUAUUUUUCUUUACUUACGUAAUUUUAUAUUCAACGUUUAAUGUUUAUGGCAGUGGCUCAUCUUAACUAUUGUUUUCUGUUUCAAACCCAACCAACCGCCGUGGACCAGGCGAAGCUUUUAUAUUUGAAAGGUAACUAUUUCAAUGUGUAGCUUUUGUAAAGACAAGGAAAGACCAUGAGCAUAGACCAGGAGCGACGCGUUAAUGAUAGCGGCUUGAAAGUUAUAUUUAUAUCGCCUUAGCAGCUAGUGCAAUGUUACAGUGAUAUUAUAGCAUCUAUCAUAUUAUAUAGAAAUAUUUGUUUUUUACCCAAAAAUUUAUAGUUAUAUUUAAGAAUAUUUUGGACAAAUUUAAAUGGCACGAUGGAAAUAUAUGACUCCCAAAUUACUGAGUGCCAUUAAAAAUAACCUAUAUCAGAUAUUUUAUAUACGAUAUUUAAUUCACAAACGGACCAAUUUAUUGUAUGUAACGACAGCGGGUGCCUUUCAGUGUUCUAGUGCGUAAUCAUGUUGUCAUAUCGUUUUUCUGGACGGUUUAAUUUUUUUUUUACUAUAUUUUUGUUACUUUAAUCUUCAUUACAUUCCAAAGAAUGAAAAAAUUUCUCAUUAUCUUCUUAAAAGUAAAUUUUAAUUAUCAUCUCUAGCUAUGAAUGAGAUAUGAAAUGUGUACUUAUUCUUAAAUUCAACAAAAAGCAAUAUUCUCGUAGGCCUUGUAUAUACAUACGCUUAAAACUCUUCAUUAAGCACAUACUGUGCCAAACUUACCUUGAGGUGCGACCGCUAUCCGAUGUUCUGUACCUUAGCUACUUGUAAUAUGUCACAACUUUUUCAUUCUUCUACGGCACUACUUUAUUGUACAUAAUUUAAUUGUAGUUUAUAAGAUCCUACGAUUGUUUCGAAGAUUGUAUACUCGUUGUAUAUGUAAUAGUUUAUUUAACAAACAUUUUAAAAAUACAACUGUGAAGAACUAACUUUAGGAUGUAAUGAGACCUAUUUGAACGUAGGUUAUUGUAGUCGCUGAGAGAUAACGGGCUCUCGGCAUUUCACCCAACGAUAGUCAAUUAGCGAGAGUUAAUAUUUUCUAGACUUAUGUUCGGUUAGCUUGUAUAUAUUUAUCUUCAAGAAUUAGAAUUAAUAAUCAUUUUCUCUUAUGAAAUUGCAUAUAAAAUAUAACUGGAAAUUAUUUCACGAUCCAUUUUAAAUUUCAUAGCAAUUUUUAUUUUAAAUAAAUUAACAUUUUCUGUAA